AUGAACGCGACCAAGCUCGAGCUCUACGACCAUCAUUCGGGAAGCAAUGGACACGUCCACGUGUCGUCCGCCGCCCUGGGCUCCUUGGGCCCCCUGGGAGAACCGUCCAAUACGCCAUCCGACUCUGACUCGGGCGUAGAUGACGACCGAGAUGGUUCCAAAAAGCGCAAGAGACCCAUGAAUGUCACUUGUGAAGCUUGCAAGCAGCGAAAAGUGAAAUGCGACCGUGCUCAGCCUGCUUGCGGGUGGUGCUCUCGCAAUGAGCAUCCUUGUGAAUACAAAGAGCGCAAGAAACCUGGUCUGCGCGCCGGUUAUGGUAGGGAGCUCGAGGGAAGACUGGACCGCCUUGAGGCUCUGUUGAAUGAACAGGGUCGCCAGCUGGCCGCCCACCUUGCAGAAUCAUGCACUAUUGACGCUGGAGUCAGCUCUGCCAGCAACAGGCGCAGUGUGCCAGGCUUAGGUUCCGACGUCCCUCCCACACAGGCCUCGUACGAUGCACAAAGCAUCAAUGUCGCGGGGGAGCUCCAGCAACAGAUCAUUGACCCCAACUUGCAUGCUUCCUCCUCUCGUCAUGGCUCUCUACAGUACCAACAAUCGGCGCCAGACCAGCAAAUUGUGCAACAGAGCCACUACACUCCGUCUGCUCAGUCGCAUUCGCUUACCUCGCCUCAUUCCGCCACAGGAUAUCAAGGCAGCCAAAUGUACAGUGAGUACUCGGCUAUGCUUCCUCCGUAUGAUCUCCUUUAUGCCUUGGUGGAUCUCUACUUCAAACAUAUCAAUAUAUGGCUGCCCUUGCUGGAUAGAAAGACCACCCUAGACACGCUGUUUGGUGCUUCCACUCUCGACGAAGCCGACAGAGUGCUUCUUCAUGCUAUUGUGGCAACAACGCUGCGCUUCUCGCAGGACCCCCGAUUGACUCCCGAGGGCCGCCAGCACUAUCAUGAUACUUCCAAGCAGCGUGUUCAGUUGUUCGGACUGGAAAACUCAAAUGUGCGAGCUCUGCAAGCACUUGUCAUACUCGCCUUAGAUGUGACAGGGUCGACAAAUGGUCCGCCGGCAUGGAACCUCCUUGCACUGAUUAGCAGAAGCAUGGUACAACUGGGGCUUGCGGUGGAGGCAGGCUCUGCCCUUGCCUCACCCAUGUAUCCUUCCAUUGCAACCCUUAGGGCCUCUGUUCUGCCCGAGCCCAAAUCUUGGAUUGAGGAUGAAGAGCGACGCAGGCUCUUCUGGGCGGUUUACCUCCUCGAUCGAUACGCUACCAUUGCCACGGCAUUCGAGUUCGCCUUGGAUGAGAAAGAAGUUGACCGGCGUCUGCCUUGCAGAGAUGAUCUCUUUGCAGCGAACAAGCCGGUCGAGACGAGAUGGUUCCGCCCACCGGAGCGCCCUCGAUACGCCACAGGGAUGACCGAGACCCAUGGACAUUUCUCCUAUCACUGUGAGCUCAUGGCUAUUCUGGGUCACAUCCACCAGUUUCUGAAACGGCCCGUGGACAUUGGCUCGUUGACCGACGUGGAACAGUGGCAAGGCUCGUACCGAGCCCUCGACAGCGAUCUAAACGCGUGGCACUUCAGUCUGCCUGACGAGUUCGCGAACAUCACUCGGCUUCUAAAAUCCAACGUGCCAGCUAAAAAUACAAAUUGUGGCUGGAUCAUGCUGCAUGCAGCGUAUUGUCUGACGGUCAUUCGGUUGAACUCAUCGGCGGCAUAUCCCGCCCAAAGUUCGCCGAUCUUCUCUUCAUCCUACAGCGCCAUGCAACGGUGUCUAUCCGCUGUUGAGAACUUGCGUCAGCUCUGCCGUUUCGUGAAGCUCAGUGGCCUGCUGGAUCGCCUUGGGCCCCCAUUUGCCUUUGCCAUUUGGGUCGCGGCACGGGUCAUGUUGGUGCAUGGAUCGACCAUGGAUCACGAAGUGGACCCAGACAUUGACUUCUUCGUGACGACCCUCGCUGAGAUGGGGGAGAAUUGGCUUGUCGCCAAACGGUACAGCGAAAUCCUGAGCCGGGUUCUAGGGGAGUAUCGUCAGUCGCAGCGAACCAGUGGAGUGACGGGGGAGAGGGUGACUCCGUCAACAGUCAAAAUCCUCGCCGACAUGCGCCGAUGCGCCUACGAUCUCGACUUUCUCAUCUCGCGCCAGCCACAUGCUGCGGCCGUUAAAUCAUACCACCCGACACGCGCAAACACCCCGGCCCCGAAUGAACUCGAGUAUCUCGAUGUCUUUGAACUUUUCAACUUCCCCCGAGUCCCCAUGACUCAAGAAGGGGUGGAAAACGGUAAUGCACAGGGCUUGGGCCAAGCUGCGCCUCCGGAUCUUGCGGCGAUGAACGCUGGGAUGAUCCCGAACUUUGCAGUCCCCAACCCAGAAGCUGAUUGGCUCUUCCAUACAAAUUAA